CACUCCUGUCCUUUCCAUUCCAUCUCUCUCUCUCUCCUCUCUUCCCUCAUCAGCUUGUCUUCCACCUCCCACCCCUUCUCUCCUCCAACUUCCAAGCAAGAACCACUCCUCUUCCUCCUUCUCCAUCUCAAUUCCCAACUAGAUCGAGAGAGCAAGUACUCCACCGUAUAUUUGUCUCUCUCAAGAGGAGUUGCUGCAACCUUGCAGGUCGUCGCAAGGACAAGGAGGGAUCGUCAAUGGAGCUGUUCCCGGCACACCCUGACCUGCAGCUCCAAAUCAGCCCUCCUCCUGCAACCAAGUCAAUGGACUUAGGGUUUUGGAAAAGAGCUCUUGACAGCUCCACAACAACCGCCACCACCAACACGGCGGCGGCGACAGCAGCAGCUCCUUCCAUCGCUACCUCCUCCUCGGCGCCGGUGAUGACGAGCGGUGGGGCCGGCUCCGGCGGUUUCUACCAGGCGGCCGUCGCACCUGCUAACGGGCAGCACCACCAUCACCAGCUCGGCGGCGCCCUCCAGUUCUUGCACCGCACCCAGCCCAUCCCACGGCAAGACGCGGCGGGCGGCGCCGGUGGCCUGCCGGACCUGGCCUUCACGCGUCCCAUCCGUGGCAUCCCCGUGUACAACACCUCGCGGCCCCUGCCGUUCCUCCAGAGCCACCACCUCCAGCACCAUCAGCAUUGCUACGGCGACGCGAUCGGCGGUGCGCCGGGCGCCGGGCCGAGGUCUCCCAACAAGCAGGCGGCGGCGCUGCGGCUGGCCGCGGCCCCUGCCAAGCGGGGCGCGCGCGCGCCGAGGAUGCGGUGGACGACGUCGCUUCACGCGCGGUUCGUCCACGCCGUCGAGCUGCUUGGAGGCCACGAGAGAGCUACACCCAAGUCAGUUCUUGAGCUAAUGGACGUGAAGGACCUGACCUUAGCUCAUGUCAAAUCUCACUUGCAGAUGUACCGGACCAUCAAAACUACUGACCAUAAACAACCUGCUCCGUCGUAUGGGCAAGCUAAGACAGUCAUAGAGAUCCCAGACGACAACAUGUUCGACAUCAACAACACUAGUGGUUCAGAGUCUUCGGUUCAGCAACAAGCAAAUCUUGAUGGAAAUGAGCAAGAAUCCAACAUGUGCGCUCUAUGGAGCAACAACUCCUCAAGUAGAGGGGCCUGGUUCCAUGACAAAUCAAGAGAUGCUACCCCUGGAGACAUCAAAUCCUUCGAGGACGUGCAGUCACAGAGCCCUGAAGACGACGCCUCCGACCUGAACUCGUCGCCGUUCCAAAUACCACCGGAGACGGUGGUAGUCAGCGCCAUGAAACCGAACCUCGACUUCACCCUGGGUAGAAUGUAAUCGGCCGUCGCGUCAUCGAUGGACAUGUCGAUCUCGACCGAGAUCGCAACAUAGCUAGCCAGGUGAAGACGGCUGGCUAGUACAUACAGCUAGCUAGGUGCGUGCGUUAGCAGCUGGCUCCAAAGACAGAGGCCUGUCAAAACUUAGUAGCAGAGAAGAAUAUGAGAAUGAGGUGAGAUCAGAUGCACACAUGCGUGCCCCCAUUUGCACUGAGAAGCUGGGGAUCAGAUGUCAAGAGGCGACCAAAGCUAGAGAGAAAAGAAAAUAAAAGCAAAAGAUGUGGAACAGGAGGAGGAGGAGGAGGCUGAGGAAUAAUAAGAUAGCAGCUUGCACACAACCAUUGAUCUAGCUAGGAACAAAGUGCAAAAGGGGAUCGAUCUAGGGACACGGGCUCGUGUGCGUGUGUUCUUUGUGCGUGCGUGCGUGGUCGUAGAUAGAGAUAUAUACUACUAGAUCACAUAGGCUUUAUCAAAGGCGGGCAAGAGCAUGCAAGAAGAUGGGUAGCUUGCUUGCUUACUUGCUUAUUAAAGCUAGGGCACAUAUGCGCAUUGCGUGUUGCUUCUGGUUUACUAAGCACAUGAGAUCAAGAGAGCUAGCUAGCUAUAUCGAUCAAGGGAGAUUGAUAUAUGCAUGGUUUUGUACGUUGUGUAUGAGAUGUAUACCUAGCUGUGGGGGCGGCCGGGCCAGCCUGCCGGCCAAGAGUUUAAGAAAGGUUUCAUCUUUAAUUUGUUGUGACACAAAAAAGAAGGUUUAAAGAGAGCGCAUAUAUGUGUUGUGUAUAUGUGUGUGUGGACCAUACAUAUGUAUAUAUGGAGUCUGAUUGCUCUGCUCGGCCUGUCUCUUUAGCUAGAAAUAGAUUCCUAGCUUCGCUGCAUUGUAUACAUGUCAUAGGUACGAUCUGAUUAGAUUUGUAGUUCAUGAGC